CAGUGUUUGGGUCGCAAAAAUAAAUAGUGCGUCGAGGUCGUACGAGCGAAUGCGUGCGCGUGUGUUGGCACCAGCGAGAAAAAAAAGAGUUUGUUGUUUUCGAUCUGACAAAACGAAUGGUCAGAGGAAAUACCAAAGUAGCCCACGUUUCAAAUCCAAAGCAGCAGCAACGUUGUGAAAAUCCGGAGCGACUACGUCAAUCGAACGCGAUCCGGUUCUGAGCUGCAAAACAGCUACGUUGACCGUCGCGCCGUGUGGCUGGCAUGGUAGCACACUAACACGAAUGGUAACACAACACUGGUCGGCAGCAGGGACGGAUACGGUGCGGCCACGGCACGGCAGCAAACGGUGGCCGCCGAGCAGCAGUAUGCAAUGAACGAGCAGCAAUGGGUUCGCAAACGUUGGAAAUCCUGCGCCAGGGAGUGCUCGCCAGCCUGACCGGUGGCUGGUACUACGACGUGCAUCAGAAUGUCUUCUGCAAUGCCGUCCAUCUGUACAUUUGGUUGUUUCUGUUGUUCCUCCCGUUCAUCAUCUACAUGUACUUUCCCACCACCGUAGCAGUAUGGAGCGUCUAUUGCGUGCUGAUCGCGAUCAUCAUCACCUUCUUCAAGACGGUGAACGUGGCGCUGCAUCGGAUGUAUGACCGGGCCCGUACGCUGUCCGAAACGAAUCUGAAGAAGCCGGGCAGUGGCAGCGGUCUGGUGGGCGGAGGGCUCGGCGGUCCGGGUGGAGCGGGGAAGGUACCGCACGAAACGGUCGAGGACGAUGACGAGCCGGGGAUGGAGAUGCAAAUGCUCGGCACGGGGCAGGUGGGCGGCGGGGGUGUGGGUGGUGUCGGUGGCGGCGGGGGCACACCCCCGGUCAACGUGUCGUCGCGCACGUCCGUCGAACACCAGCACAGCGACGAGAACAGCUACGCCAACAGUGCGAUCUCGAUCGACUACCAGGAGCAGGUGACGAGCACGAUCGACCUGAAGGUGGACGUACACCGGAAGAACAGCUCCGAGUCGAGCGAUAGUGGGUUGAGUGGUGGCGGGGCGGCCGGCAGGCAUGACUCGAUCCCGGCGUCGGCCGCCUGCAGUGACACCUGCUUCCGGAGCAACCACGUGGCGGAAGCGAACAGUGAAACGCCGUACGGUCCGAUUGUGGGCAGCGGGUCGAUCGUGCGAUGUAACACGGUGCAAACGCACUCGGCGGACGUGUGCAAUACGGCCACCCACAAGCGUUCGCUGUCGACGCCGAACCAGGAGCGCUUUUCCGAGCUCGUGCUCGAGACGGUCGUGCGCGAGAUGACGCGCGAAUUCGGUGAUCAACCGAAGGGUGGCGGUGAAAGUGGCCGCACGAAGGACCACUUUCCGGGUAGUACGCGCAUGGUAGGUGCCCAGUCGAACGCGUCGCUCCGGCGGCAUCAGUACAAAUCGAAGCGGAAGCAGCGCUUCAUGAACACCCAGCUGCAGCGUCAGAUUUCGCUCGAUUCCGAGAAGCUCGGUAUGGGUGCGGAUAAUGCGACGGGCGGAGGGGCUGGGAGAGGGGAAGGAACGGUACACGGAGAUGUGUCAGAUGGGACGCGCAAUCGCCGUCAACGGGGAGGCAGCAGUGGAGGUGUGGGUCACGAGGGAGGUGGUAUGCAGCUGCAAAGGCACCUAAGUUCGGACGAUCAGAGCAACAAAUCGAUAAUGUCGUUGUUUCGCAACCAUCAGCUCUCGCACCAUCACCAUCACCAUCAUCACCAUCAUCAUCUGCUGGCGCUGCAGAAUCGCGAACCAGAUCUGUACAUGGACCACAGCUACACGAAAUCGGCCGUACAGCUGGCGAGCGCCGAUCCGAGUGGAGGAAACGAGUCGACCAACGGCAGUGGGAAGGGUACCACCGGGUAUCUGCUGCAUCAGGCCACUCCACCGAUCCGGAGGGACUCGAGUAGCACCAUGUCGGCCUUGCAGUUGCCAACGGUAGCGAGCAGUAGCAGCAGUGCCGUCGCCGGAGCGAUCGGAUCUAGUGGUGGCGGUGGACGGAACAACGGAUCGAAUGACGGGGGCACCGGAGAAGGUGUCCCUUCGUCCAGUAAACGGCGGCGUCACUCGAACACAACCAACACGACCGGUGCCGGUGGUGCCACGGGACGUCCAAUGCCGCGUUCGCUAACGUCGGUGCGCAGGAUCAAGAGCGCGGCGCUGGAGAUUUGCUGCAGUCCGGCCUCGAUUCCCAACCUCACGCCAACGCACCCCAACAGUGUGGAGGUAAUCGGUGGGCAGACGCUGCGAAACCCGCGCCACACAGUGCUGCCUCCGCCUAGCAAAAGCUUGUCGCGCAAUCCGUACCUGAACUUGUUUACUAAGUCCAACGAAGGAAGCAGUGGAUCCGGGUUGGUGGACGUCUGCGACGGUGCCGAUGGUCAACCGGCCCGGGUGGAUGAGGGAGUAUCGAGCGGAGGGGCCGGAAUGGAACCGGUGUAUCCGAUCGCGGAGCAGUCGGACGAAAGUACGCCCAUCAAGAGUAGUAGCGGUGGAAGGAUGGCGCUGGAUGAUAAGACACCGGUACAAAGGUUCGAUCUUCACUCGGACUCGGACGAAGGGUUGGAAGAUGACGAGGAUGACGAGGACCGGGAAGAGGAAGACGAGGAGGACGAAGACGAGGAGGAAGACGAUGGCGAUGAGGAUGACGAAGAGGAAGACGAUGGCGCGAUGGAAGCUGUGGAUGUGGACGGUGGCGAAGACGCACUUGUAGAUCAGGUGAAUAGCUGUGGCGAUCGAGUCGAAGGAGCUGCCAAACACAAAGCGGAAGCGGAAGAUGAUGGACGGAAACUGCACGGCCGGAUAGCGGACAGCGAGGAGGAUCUUACGCGACACGAUCAACUUCGUAGGUUGCACCAUCAGCAGAAGCAAAUCCAACAGCAACAGCAGCAGCAGCAAGAACAGCAACGUUUACCCGCAUCGGGGAUGGCUGUGAUUGCGCUCGACGAUCCGGCGGACGAAUCCGAUCUCGAUGCUCAAGAUGCGGGCCUUCAGUCAACCGAUUCCGACACGGAAAACAAUGCCGGAUCGCGAUCGCCUCUGCUGGAGCCUCGGGCUCAUCGAACGAACUCCGAGCAGCUGGUCGGAACGGCAUCGGCCCAUGCGGGAGGAAGCAUUGUGGAGGCGAAAAAUGGCUCUUGUUGUGCGGUGGUGACGCAGAAGCUAGCCAGCGAGGUGAAGAAAACGUCCUCCAGUCCGACGAUCAGUACGACGGGGGGUGGGACUGAGGGUGGUCCGCACCACAAGCUACUCCGGUCGACGAUGAAAACGUUCGACGAAAUGACGUGCCACUCGUCGAGCGAUUGGGAGCAGGCUAGUGCCAGCUCGAAGGAUCUGCUGAUCGUGAAGGAGCAAACGGCUCGUGACGGAGGCGGUGCGUCCGAUGCGGCCACGGUUGGAAGUAGCGAAUCGGAACCGCAACUUCCGGGCCCCAGCGGUAUGACGAAGCUGAUUGGCGAGGGAGCUGCGAGUGCUUCGACAGAAGGGACGGUUUCGUUAGGACAGCGUAGUAGUUUGGGUGCCAUUCCGAAGACGACGACACCCCCGUCCGGGGGGAUGUAUAUGGGUGCGCGUCGAUUAAGCGUGGAGGAUAACUAUCCGAACGCGAGCAGCAAGGCGUACAAUCGGACGCUCUCGCAGAGGCUUUCGGCGGAGCGUAUUCCGGAGAAUUCAACCGCCGCCCCGUUGAUUACGUUUCUCAACUACCGUUCCGACGUGGCCAUUCCACCGAUCUAUCUGCCCGGAAACAGCGCACUCUCGGAGCAACAAACGGCCAAUGGGUUCACCUUUCGUCGGCCAGUGCCACUGCCUGCCACGCGUCCGUAUCGGCAGCUGAACUGCCGUUUGCGUAUGCUGAAACCAUCCGACGGUGUCGAUAACGGGGGCGGUGGUGGUGCGUCCGGAUCAUCGACCGGUGCGGUGGCCACACCGGGCGCAGACUUUUGGCGGGACGACGAUAACAACAACAACCACAACAAUAACAAUAAUAGUAGCUAUUACUUGGAAACAUUGGAAAGUCAACACCAGCAGGCCCGACUACAGUCGAUAGCUGCGAUGGCCAAUUCCGCUGCGGGAGGCAAUGGCACGGGCAACGGUAAUGCACGUGUGCUUUGCAACGAACUGAUGUCCGGCAGUGUCGGUGAGGUCCCGAUGAACUUUUACGUAACGGGAGAUUCCGACCGGUGGCUGCAUUGUGCGGCCAAUGUGAUCAAGGAGCGCUUCAGUACGCUCAACCAUCAUCUGCACGCGCAUUCGCAUAUGCAUCAUCAUCACCACCAUCGUACGAUCAGCAUCAGUGGUCCAUCGACCAGUGGAGGAACUGGUGUAGGUGGGGUCGGAGGUGUGGGAAGUGGACUCGCCUCAACGUCGGCCUCCGGUGGGGGAGCUACGGUGGGAAUGAUGUCUUCGACGGUGGAUGACUUUAACAGUGCCUCGAUCAACUCGGGAAGCGGGAUCGUCGAUAAGGCACUGGUGGCGUCGACGGAUUGUAGUCUUUCGCGUGGCCAGAGCACCAUCGAUGUCGUGCAGUACGGUGAAACGACCACCGGUGGCGGUGGUGUGAGUGCCGCCAAGGUGGUACGCCCGAAGCGGUACUAUCGGUUUCCACUAAAGUUCCUCUGCUUCCGCGAGCACCUGAAUAUCUCGAUGAAUCGGCUGCAGCUGCUGGCGUUGUUCGAUCGUGACACAAGCUGGGCGCAGGUGGUGCUAGCGAUUGCACUCUGCACGCUGGUGUCGCUGCUUGGUUCGCUCGUGCUGUACCUCAAGUUCUACGAGGAUCUGUACGCGUUCAUCUUCUGCUUCGUGAUCGCCGGUAGUCAGUAUUCGCUGCUGAAGAGUGUCCAACCGGACGCCGCUUCGCCGAUCCAUGGGUUCAACAAAACCGUCACCUACUCGCGGCCGGUUUACUUUUGUCUGUGCUGCGCGUUACUGCUCAUUGUGCACAGGCUGUUGCGCGAGUACGAGCUGGAGCUGGGCAUUGCGGGGGGAGCCCGAGCACCGCUAUCGAUCGUCCUGUUUGGUUUCCCAAUCUCGAUCAUCACCUUCCUCCAGUCGGCGCAGAGUGUGCUGUCGGUGGUGAUCCUUGCGUUUCCGUUCCUGUUCAGCUUGGGUCUGUUCCCGCAGAUCAACACGUUCACGAUGUACGCGCUGGAGCAGAUCGAUAUGCAUCUGUUCGGGAGCAACGCUUCGUGCAGUUUGCUCGCGUCGUUCCUUUCGGUCGUGCGCUCGAUCGUCGCAUGUACGCUGCUGUAUGGGCUCGUCUAUGGGGCGCUAUCGGAGACCGGUACGCAGCACGUACUGUUCUCGAUGUACUGUGCGUGCCUGGUGACGGUGGCGUAUCACCUGUCGCGCUGUACCAGCGACUUCACGUACUUCUGGGCGGUGAUCAAGUCGAACCUGUUGACGCACUCGGACUACGAUUCGGACGCGUCGAGCAAGGCGGAUUCGAAGCUAUCGUCCGAUUCGUGCGACGACGGCAAAGACGAAGGGGGGGCAGGUGCCGGUGUCGGUGGAGAACUGAGGCGAUCGAGUGCGGGAGCAGAGUCAUCGACGGCACGCUCGACGGACGAGAUGAACCGGGACUUUGACGAAGAGGCGGGUGGUCGAGGGGGAGGAGGCGAUGGUGGUGGCUCGAAGGAGCUGGACGACCCACUGCCCCGGAAACUGCAGGACACGGUGACGGCCCGGCUAAAGAACGAUGCCGUCGUUUGCGCCGUCCUGUCGCUGGCCACCUUUAGCCUUCACUGCAGUACGGUGUUUACGGUGCUGCAGCCGGAAAUUAACUACGUGCUGCACACGGGCGCCUGCCUGUUGGGGUUUCUCGUGCACUACAUCGUGCCGCAGUUGCGCAAGCACCUGCCGUGGCUGUGCAUCGCCAAGCCGAUUCUGAAACCGGACGAAUUCGGCCUGUUCGAGGUGCAGAACCUCUCGAAGAUUAUGUGGUUCGAGACGAUGUACGUGCUGCUGUGUUUCUUCGAGCGGAACAUCCUCUACCCGCUGAUCUUUGUCAGUGCGCUGACGGCCGAUGCGGUGCUGAUUGUGGACAAGUUCGGGCUAACGCUCGGCACGCUGUUAAUCGUGGUGUGCAGUCUAAAGUGUGUUCGAAAUGCCUAUUCCGAUGUGGGCAGCCAGUACAUCAUACUCAUCUUUACGGUGCUAUUUUUUCGCCUCGACUACAAAAUGUCCAGCGAGACGUUCCUCUUCGAUUACUUUCUCAUUUCGAUCCUGUACCGGAAGGUGGCGGAGUUUCUAUUAAAGCUUCAAUUCGUCGUCACCUAUAUCGCACCGUGGCAAAUAACGUGGGGAUCGGCGUUCCAUGCGUUCGCCCAGCCGUUCAGUGUACCCCACUCGGCGAUGCUUUUCCUGCAGACGGCGAUCAGUGCGGUCCUAUCGACACCCUUAAAUCCAUUCCUCGGAAGUGCCAUAUUUCUUACCUCGUACGUACGCCCGAUUAAGUUCUGGGAGCGCGAUUACAAUACCCGCCGGAUCGAUCACUCCAACACCCGGCUGAGCUCGCAGCUCGAGCGCGAUCUCGGUGCGGACGAUAACAAUCUCAACAGCAUCUUCUACGAGCACCUGACCCGCUCGCUGCAGCACUCGCUGUGUGGCGAUUUGAUGAUGGGCCGCUGGGGAAACGUCAGUCAAGGAGAUUGCUUUGUGCUUGCCUCGGAUUAUCUCAACUGUCUCGUGCACAUCAUUGAGCUGGGGAACGGACUGUGUACGUUUCAGAUGCGCGGUCUCGAGUUCCGUGGUACCUACUGCCAGCAGCGGGAAGUUGAAGCAAUCUCAGAGGAGGUGGAGGAUAAUAUUGGAUGUUGCUGCUGUACGAUCGGCCAUUUGCCGCGAAUGUUGAGUGCUAAUGCCAUGUUUACGACUCGCUGGCUCGCCUGGCAGGUGAUGGCAUCCAAGUACGUCCUGGAGGGAUACUCCAUCUCGGACAACUCGGCCACAGCAACGCUGCAGGUGUUUGAGUUUCGGAAGGUUCUAAUUUCGUACUAUGUUAAGAGCAUAAUUUUUUACACACUUCGCUCGCCGAAGCUCCUCCGUUGGCUAACGUCAAAGGCGAUCGAGGAAGCGCUCGAACACACCACGGACCGGCAGUUCGUGGACCUAGAUCCGGUGUUCAACAACAAUUUGGACGACGAUUACGACUAUCGGGCGGCCGGAAUAACGCGAGCCAGCUUUUGGUGUGUGUACGGUGAUUGGAUUCAGUUCUGUAGUGACAAAAAACGUCAACAACUUCAUGCUGCCACGCACGAUCGUGGUCCGGACAAACAGCAGCAGCCGCAGCAAGGGCAAGGACAAGGGAAUGUUUCAGCAGCAGCAGGAGCAACAACCAACACCACAACAACGGUGGCCGCGACCCCAUCCGGUGGAGGAAACUGUAUGGUUUCAUCGUCAACGAGCGUUGGCGCUGGGAACAAGGGGACAGCAGAGGGUCAAGGUGGUCGUGAUGGUGUCGAGCAGAAGGAGGAUAAGGCUGCCGGGUCCGGUGAUGGUGGGUGGAUGGGUGCAGAUGGCGGUAAGGCUGAUGUGGAUUGCGGUGAAUCGAGUGGAACCAAUGGAAACGGUGGAAUGGCUGGGGGACCAUCUUCGAAUGGUGCAGAGGCCACACCCGGCUCAUCGCAGACGAAUGGUGCAAGUGCGUCCACCACAACGGCCACGAAUGGGUCGUCCAACAACACGCAGCAAUUCUUCGUUUCGAAUCGUGACUCACUGGUGACUUCGCUGUGCAUGUCGCUGGCACUGCUUGCACGACGUACGCUCGCAACGGCCAGCCACAGUGCGUCGUGUAACGUCGAGUUUUUCCUGCACGGUCUGCACGCGCUGUUCAAGGGGGACUUUCGCAUUACAUGUCCCCGCGAUGAGUGGGUGUUUGCCGACAUGGAGCUGCUGCAUGGUGUCGUUGCACCGGCCGUCCGGAUGUCGUUGAAGCUUCAUCAGGAUCACUUUCUCUGCCCGGAUGAGUACGAUGACUACAGCAACCUGUACAACGCCAUCGAUUUCCACACGAAGGAGCUGGUCAUUUCGCACGAAGCCGAUCCACUGUGGCGCAAUGCGGUCCUCCGUGGGACACCUCACCUGCUCGCCUUGCGUCACGUCAUGGACGAUGGGUCGGACGAGUAUCGGGUGAUACGGCUUUCGAAGCGCUUCCUGAACUUUCGCGUCAUCAAGCUGAACCGCGAGUGUGUGCGGGGGCUUUGGGCGGGCCAGCAGCAGGAGCUGAUCUAUCUGCGCAAUCGGAACCCGGAGCGUGGCAGUAUUCAGAACGCGAAACAGGCGCUGCGCAAUAUAAUCAACUCGUCGUGCGAUCAGCCGAUCGGUUACCCGAUCUACGUGUCGCCGCUGACCACAUCGUACGCGGAAACGAACGCUCAGCUGUGCCGGAUUGUCGGCGGGGAGAUCACGCUGGAGAAGAUCCAGCAGAUGCUGAUCCGCAGCUGGCAGCGCAUUCGGCAGCGGUGUCGGGAGGGCUGCAGUAGCGGCAGUGCCACGAUCAUCGACGGUGAGAUGACGGAGAUGCAGGGCGUUUAUUGCAACACACCGACGCCGAACAAUACGCUCUCCGGGACGGCCGGCACACUGUCGUACGGUAGCCAGAAUAUGUCGAUCUCGGGUGCGGUCGCGGCACGGGGCAGUAUGGCCAGCAUCAACAAGCCAACCAGUACGACGCUGCUGGCCGGGUUUUUGAACCGCGAGCGUGACGCCGAACGGGAAGCGAUGGCGGCGAUGGGAGGAGCGGGUGUGCGCGAGAGGAGUAUGAUAGCGAAGCGCAACCUUGGCAGUACCAGCAAGGACCGACUCGAGUGGACCGCACUGCAGCUCAACAAGCGCGACUCGUUCCGGGAGGUACUGAGCGAGGCUGUUGGGUCCGCUUCCGGCGGGGUAGCGGGUGGUAGCGGAAACGAAAGUUCGGCCGGAGCGGACGAUGAAAGCCAAAGUACGGCGGGUGGUGGCAGCCCAAGUACGACGAUGCCGCGCAAGCAGCGUCUGUUCAUCGAAUCGUUUUCGGGUGUCGAGGGUUUCAAAGUGCGGUACAUCGACGAUACGAGCGGCGGGCCGGGUACGGCCAGUGGGAGCGGUGCGGCAGCCGCAGGAAGUCGCAUUCCGGGUGUCCCGGGAACGUUGAUGUUCACCCUAUCGCCACCGGAACAGUCGUCCACCGUGGAUUUGUUUGGCAAGACGCCGGCGGUAGCGUCGGCUAAUCCGUACCGACACUGGAAGCUUCGUCCACCGCCCAUCGGCCUGAACCGGAAGGUUAUUAUUGUUGAUGCAUCACAGAUCUGUGACUCGCUUGAUCUCGGUCGCCGGAUCGACGUGAUCUGGCCGAACGAAGAAUUCCGUGCCAGCGGUGGCCGCCAGUCGUGGAAAGAUUGGUGCCCGCAGGAGGGGAUGGUAGGGCUCGUCGUGCACUACUGGCAGCCGAACCAUCCGGACCAUCACUUCCGCUCGAACGUGAACCACACGAUCUUGCUGGUGGAGAUUGGCACACGGCACGUACCGAUCGGCGAGAAGGGUGUCAAGGAAUACAAUACGGCCGGUCUGCAAACGCUCGUCUCUUCUAGCUCGACCGUUCCAAUCGAUGAUCCACUGCUGUCUGCUGAUGUUGAUGAGUCCACCUCCGGCGCGGAUAAGGUCACCACUCCCAUCAGUGCAUCCGGAGAGCGAACGAUCGUGCCGUGUGCAACGAGUGCAACGAAUACGACUGCCAUCAAUAGUGAUUGUGUAACCGAACCGGAUGUACCGGAAGUAACCUCUUCCACCGUUCCUCCGGUUACGGAGACAGAAACGGAAACGAAGUGUGAGCCGGAGAAAGAGCAAUUAGCAACGCCUGCGUCAGAAGAUCGAGGUGAAUCGGAAAUAGCAGACGAAGCGGCAGCUACUGCAAGCACGAACUGAAUAUAUGCUGCUACACGACACUCGCAGUGCUUUGAAGUAUCCUCGAAAAGCACAUCAAUCUUGUAUCUGUAGCAUUGGGCGUUACCGUGGUUCUUAACCGAUACAAAAAAAUCACCGACCGCGUUCAUUGUUUGGUCAUCCUUUAGGGCCCCGUCGGAUGGAAUCUGUUUUAAUGCCACUGGACGGUCUCCUCCGCUAGGAUCUAGCCGUGUAAUUUAAUUGUAAAUAGCUAGUUUCAUCAUCGCCUUAUACAUGUAGAGCUAGACACAGGAAAAGGGUAAACGGGAUCGUAUAGGCAAAGCCGGGUUUGAAGGACGAUCGGCUGUUUAGGAGCAACAUGCAUCCUACACCUGGAAAACCCCGUCAAACAAACCCCAACAAUCCAACCGGGGGUUAGGGUACCACGAGUGAGCGUGUCAACUGUAUGACAAACUAGUUUCUAACAAAGUAUUGUGCAUGUGCAUGCCUUUUCUCGGACGCCAUUCUUAGGUAUUCUUUAACUCGUACGUUUCGCUUUUGUUUUAUGCCAAACUUUCCAUCACCGGGGCUCGAUUGUUCCCCGUUUUUCGAUAAUGUUACUUUAUUACGUUCUAAUAUUUGUUGGUUGGUAAACCGAACCGAAUAAUUGUUCAACCUUUGGGAGAGGAAGUUCCUUUUCACCCUGUUACGGAUGGAAAUACGCACAGAGCACCUGUUGAGUUGAAUCUUCGUUAGUCAUCAACCGCUAAGGUAAUUGUUGAACCAAGCCAAGCCAGAGGGAAGGUAUAUUUCCUUGUGGGCUCAGAGGAUGAUUCCAUUCUAUAUCAUUAUUAUUUUUUACACAAAUCCUUUGUUCUUUUAUUCCUAUUGUAGAUCAUUUAUUUUUUUUUACAUUGUGUGGUUUAGUUAUUUCCACGUAUAAUGCCAGAAUUUUAAACGACUUUUACUAGCUAGCAAACGAUACAAUAAAAAGCCGCACACGCGUUCCCAGGGAAGGCUAAAAAACGCUCACGUUUUGCUUACUUGGCCGCGGGUUGGCUUGGAAAAACGGAAAACCGAUCGAUCGUACUACGUCAACGAACUGAACGAGCACCGGGGGGCCAGAAGGUGCUCGGAAUAAUAAUAAUUGCGUAUUCAAAAAGUGUGUAAAUAAACGCGCAUCGUUAGAGGCGAGAGUAAAGGUCCCAAAGGCCUUUGCGACCCGGGUUGAAGCGGGGUCGGGAGCGUGGUGGAAAACCGUUAAAAGAAAAUGACCAGCCGUAAAAGGACGCGAUGAAAUGUGAUAAUUAACGUUUAAGCGAAAACAAUAUAAGAAAGCUGUAAAAUAGUUUAAUCAAAGACAUAAGGGGCAAAGAAGUGGAUUACGAAGUGCCACCCUUGGGGUUUGCUGUCUUGCGGAGGUCCAUGGUGUAAGAGGAGCGGCGGGAAACACACGUGUACUAAACUAAACUCGUGACAGGGUGAAUGACAAAACAAGUAAAAAAAAAACAAGGUAGAAAACGAAGGCGACCAUGGCACUGAAGUAGAGCAGAUUGACGGCGCAAAGCAAACGCUAUCCGCAAU